ACUAGCCAUCAGUCCGCAAAACUGCGAGAGAGCGAGUGGCGAUAGAAGGGAAUAGCAAAGCGGCGCUGGGGGCGGCCAUUUUAGGAGUAUCACGGUUGCCGAAUACAUCUUCUGAAAUUGUUUUUCUUGAGAGAGUUAUAUAUUUUAUUAUAGGCGAGGAUAUAAUACGUUUGUUUUUAUUUUCCCGUGUUGUAAUUCGAAUUUGGGAUGCAGAUCAGAAGGUAUAAACAUUUUGCAUCCGUUGUCGGACUGGUCCUCGGACUAUUAUGUGCGGUGGAGGCAGCUAAAGUUAAUAAGCACAAGCCAUGGAUCGAGACAACGUAUCAUGGCAUCGUAACAGAAAAUGACGACAAAGUACUUCUGGACCCUCCACUUAUCGCCCUGGACAAAGACGCCCCACUGCGCUACGCAGAAAGUUUUGAGGUGACCUUCACCAAAGAAGGUGAGAUUUGUGGCUUCAGGAUCCAUGGGCAGAAUGUUCCCUUUGAGGCAGUGGUCCUGGACAAGUCCACGGGUGAGGGAGUCAUUCGAGCUAAGGACAAGCUGGACUGUGAACUCCAGAAGGAGCACACCUUCACCAUCCAGGCCUAUGACUGUGGAGAGGGCCCCGACGGAGCCAACAUGAAGAAAUCUCACAAGGCCACUGUCCACAUCCAAGUGAACGACAUCAACGAGUAUUCCCCAGUGUUCAAGGAGAAGUCCUACAAAGCCACGGUCAUCGAGGGUAAGAAGUAUGACAGCAUCCUGAAGGUGGAGGCAGUGGAUGCUGACUGCUCAUUCCAGUUUAGCCAGAUCUGCAGCUACGAGAUCAUCACCCCAGAUGUACCCUUCACUGUUGACAAGGACGGCUUCAUCAAGAACACAGAGAAGCUGAACUACAGCAAAGAGCGCAUGUACAAACUGACGGUGACUGCCUACGACUGUGGGAAGAACCGCGCCUCAGAAGAUGUGCUGGUCAAGAUUAACAUUAAGCCCACCUGCAAGCCCGGCUGGCAAGGUUUCAACAAGAGGAUUGAGUAUGAGCCUGGCACAGGCAGUCUGGCCCUUUUCCCCAGCAUGCACUUGGAGACCUGCGAGGAGCCAAUCACCUCCAUCCAGGCCAACAUCGAGCUGGAGACCAAUCACAUCGGAAAGGGCUGCGACCGAGACACCUACUCUGAGAAGUCCCUGCACAAGCUAUGCGGCGCCAGCGCUGGCACGGUGGAAUUACUGCCUGCACCAAGCAGCUCUGCCAACUGGACGGUGGGUCUGCCCACAGACAAUGGGCAUGACAGCGACCAGGUGUUUGAGUUCAAUGGCACGCAGGCCAUCAAGGUGCCCGAGGGCGUGGUGAGCACCAGCCUGAAGGAGCCCUUCACCGUCUCUGUGUGGAUGAGGCACGGCCCCGGGGCCAGGGAGAAGGAGACCAUCCUCUGUAACUCGGACAAGACCGAGAUGAACAGACACCACUACUCCCUCUACGUCCACAACUGUCACCUCAUCCUGCUGCUGCGUCAGGACCCCGCAGAGACGGAGAACUACAAACCAGCGGAGUUCCACUGGAAACUGGACCAGGUGUGUGACAAAGAGUGGCACCACUACGUGCUGAACGUGGAGUUCCCCUCCGUGGCUCUCUUUGUAGACGGGGCCACCUUCGAGCCCUUCCUGGUCACCGAAGACUACCCCCUGCACUCCUCGAAGAUCGACAUGCAGCUCACUAUUGGGGCCUGCUGGCAAGACAACCCAGGACAUGACAAAGACAAUGAGACAGUCUCUGAGCCUUCCACAGGCGGCAAUGCUCGCAUGUCCCAGUUUUUCCGGGGGAAUCUGGCCGGCCUGAUGAUCCGAUCGGGAAAGCUGGAGAACAAGAAGGUGAUCGACUGCCUGUAUACCUGCAAGGAGGGCCUGGAUGUGCAACUGCCUGAGGAGGUGGCUUCAGCCGUCAAGGUGGCAUUCAACCCCAACCAGUCGUCGCUGACCGUGGAAGGCGAUGACAUUGAGGCUUUCGACAAGGUCAUGCAGCAUAUCUCCUACCUGAACUCACGCCAGUUCCCCACCCCCGGCAUUCGACACCUCCGCGUCUCCACCACCGUCAAGUGCUUCAAUGAGGAGACGUGCAUCUUGAUACCGGAAGCGGCGGGAUACGUGAUGGUGCUGCAGCCCGAGGAGCCCAAGAUCAGCCUGAGUGGCAUCGACCACUUUGCCCGCGGCGCUGCAGAGUUUGAGAGCCCCGAGGGCGUGACUCUGUUUCCCGAGCUGCGCAUUGUCAGCACCAUCACCCGCGAGGUUGAGGCUGAAACCGAGCCAGAGGCCGCAGAGGGGGCAGAGGAUGACCCCACAGUUCAAGAGACGGUAGUGUCGGAGGAGAUCAUGCACAACCUGGACACAUGUGAGGUGACUGCGCUGGGCGAUGAGCUAGACGGAGAGCAUGAGACCUUGGAGGUGGACCAGGCCCAGGUCCAGCAGCGCGGCCUGGAGAUGACCUCCUCCAACCUGGGUCUCGUCCUGACAGGCGUCAACACCAUGGCCAACUAUGAGCAGGUCCUGCACCUGAUUCGCUACAAGAACUGGCACACAGAGGCUCUCUUUGACAGGAAGUUCAAGUUGUUCUGCUCCGAACUCAACGGCCGCUACAUCAGCAACGACUUCAAGGUCGAGGUUAGUGUGAUCCACACAGCCAACCCCAUGGACCAUGCUAAUAAUGCCAUGGUGCAGCCCAAUUUCAUCAACCCAGUGCACCACGCAUCUGUGGACCUGUCCGGACACAACCUGGUCAACGCUCACCAGGCUUCAGUGGUCCCCAGUGCCGCCACCAUCGUCAUUGUGGUGUGUGUCAGCUUCCUGGUGUUCAUGAUCAUCCUGGGCGUGUUCCGGAUCCGAUCAGCCCACCAGCACACCAUGAGGGACACAGAGGGCGGCAAGGAGAAUGAGAUGGACUGGGAUGACUCGGCCCUCACCAUCACAGUCAACCCCAUGGAGACUUAUGAGGACCAGCACAGCAGUGAGGAGGAGGAAGAAGAAGAGGAGGAGAGCGAGGAAGGUGAGGAGGAAGAUGACAUCACAAGUGCUGAGUCGGAGAGCAGCGAGGAUGAGGAGGCCGGAGAGCCAGAGGACCAGCAGGGUGCCAGCAGACAGCAGCAGCUGGAGUGGGACGACUCCACACUCACCUACUAACAUAUACACACACUCAUACAUUUUCACAUGCACAUGCAAACACACACUUCUUACACACACUCAUAUACACAUACACCUCACAGGAGGUUGGUGCCACAUUAAUUGGGGAGAACGGGCUCGUGGUAAUGACUGGAGCAGGAGUGGAAUGGUAUCAAAUACAUGGUUUCCAGGUGUUUGAUGCCAUUCCAUUUGCUCCGUUCCUGCCAUUUAUUAUGAGCCGUUCUACCCUCAGCAGCCUCCUGUGAUACACACACUUCUCUCACACACUCAUAUACAUACUCUAACACACAUGACUCAUAGAAUUUCUCAUCCUCACUACCCCUCCUAAACAGUGGGGGCACACCCUUACAAAUUCCUUACCGAGGAGCCAUGAUGUAAAAACAAAACACAAAUCCCCCUUAAAAGCGAUAUAUUGUCAAGGUUUCCCUGUCGUCAUCUUAGUGGUGGUACUCUGUGUAGUAUAGUAAUCACCGGAUCGCUGAUUUCUUACUUUUUUAAUUUUGAAUGUUUUAUUCCCGGGAAGACUUGGCCAACAUUUGCAUUUUGUUUUGAGCUACCGUGAGGAAACAACCUUGCACUUUUGUUUAGUUCUUUACUGAUGUAAGGCUUUCAAAAUGGAGAAUGAUUUUUAAAAAUGUAUAUUCCUUGCACAUCUGUUUUAGAUUUGUUUGCCGCUAAACGAGAGAAGCUUUGACUUUUUUUUUCUUUGUGCUUGAGUUGUAGUCCGGCGAGUGAAACGAGAUUACGUUUCAGACACGUAGACCGCAUAUUUACAUUUUUCUCCUUUUAGUGCAUGAGGAUAUUUGAACAAGUCAUAUGUGUAGAUGAAUAAAUUGCUUUUUAAUAUUUUGUAAAUAUGAAGAAACCAUGUAAUUAGUCAAUGUGUUAGUGAAGGCCUAAACAAAUGGGUCCAAUAUCUAAAAAGACGCAGUACGUCGUGUAGAAUAUAUGUCACAAAGGCUAUAGCAUGUUGCACAUUUUUUGGCAAAGCUCUUCCGUCAUACUUGUACAAAAUGUCCGCUUCAAGAAGAGCAACCCAGACCCAGAACUGUACACAAAGGUUUCUAUGGCAAAGUGUUGCUCAUUUUGUCUUUUCAUUUGCAAGGAGGUAGUUAUUUCUUUGCUUAGUGGGGACAGGACUGGUCGGUUUUGCUUUCGGCUCCUCACAUGCCACACCUCACAUGCUAUAUACAUAAGGGCGGGAGGUAGCCUAGCGGUUAGAGCAUUGGGCCAGUAACAAAGGUAGCUAGUUCGAAUCCCCGAGCCGACAAGUUUAUAAAUCUGUCAAUGUGCCCUUGAGCAAGACACAUAAUCUUAAUUGCUCCAGGGUCGCUGUUGAUAAUGUCAGACCAUGGCCGAGACCCCACUCUCCGACGGUGUCUCAGGGAGAGUUGGGAUAUGCAAAAAACACAUUUCCAAUUCACGUGUGAAAUGGGACAAAUAUAAGCACCCACCAAAUUAUGAUUAUUUCUUUGCUUGACUUGCACAGGUGGCAAUGCUGUACUCAAGGCGACAAUGUAUUUAAUUCCCAUUCUCGUCUGUUAUUGUACAGAAGGUAAUUUGAGGUCAAGAUGAUCACGUUCAGUAAACCACAGUCCGAUGUAGCUUAAGGUACUAAGAAAACAGCCAGCUUCUGCAGUUCCGCUAUCAAUUCACAAUGAGUGUAGAUAUUAAUAUUUCUGCACAUUAGGACCAGCAGAGAAUUACACUCCAUCUGCAGUUUUAAAAAGCCCUUCCAUAUUCCAGUCCUGCCGUUGCAUCAAAAAUAUUAGAACAAAAAUACAAACGAAUCUCAGCAUACAGACGGACCUGAGGCGUAUGGUUCGUCUAGCUUUAGGAGGGCUCAAUUCAAUAGCACGGCUGCUGUCGUUCUUUGGAAGAGAAAUUAAAUGCGAGAACUUUUUGUCUGCUUCAUUGCAAAAAAACAUAUUUUUUAAGGAUUUUUUUCAUGGCAUGGCUAUUUAACCUGAAAUAAUAUAUUAGAUGCAUUUUUAAACGGUUUUCUCAUUACAGUUGAGCGUAGUCUCACUGCAGUUGUUUUACUUAUUUGAAGGAUAUUGAAACCUAAGUCAUAACAAAUACGAAUAAAUACGUGACUGCUGACACAUUGUUGUGAUAUGAGAACUCUUUAAAAUGUAGUCUUUUUUGUCCUUGUUUCAAUCUUUAAAAUUAAAUGUUUUUUUGCAGUAGACCACUAGAUUUUAUUGUACAUGGAACUGUACUGUAGAGUUGUUCUAAGAUAUUUGUUUACAUUUGGUAAACUUGUUUUCCCUCUGGUAUUAGUAUAAAACUUAUACAAUUAAUUGAAAAGAUGACAGAUGUUAACCUCCUAUAUUUCCUCUCAAAAAUCACUGCUUAUUCAUCUCAAUACCUUCAAAAAACCCAUGUGGUAAAGGAUUUGUAACCCUCAAACAGGUUAACGUUAUUCCAGCGUUUUAGGAAUCCAAAUGAUUUAUGUACAUUCUGCAAAACUUUCAUAAGUAUGUUUUAUGGCAUGACUUUGGGAAUUUUAGUCAAACUUAAAAGUAAAGUGAGUAAAGGUGAGGCAUGACAAAGUUGGAAAACUGUUGGAAAGGUUUAUAAAGGAAGUCUUAUACUUUGCAUGUUAAUCUAUUUUUAGAGGCCAAAGACAUCAUGGCUCAAGUAACACAAGUGUACCAUUUUAUGCUUUGCAAGUUUCAUAUAAAGUAAUUUUUUGGAGACCGUUCCAAGUAACUUUUUUGAGGGUUUGAGCAAAACCAUAUGUCUGGAGUCGCUCAAUCACAUUUCUGUUAGGCCCAAUGUAUUUAUUAUUUUUGGUCAACUGUCGAAAUGUGGUGAACAGUCUCCCCUUCAAAAUGACUAGGGCCCAAUAAGGGGGUCAGGUUUGAGCUGGCCCAAGUUGGGAGUGCCUUUUGCCGAUCACAGCGCAUUAACACAACUAACAAAACACUCAUCCACGCUCUUUUAGUUGUGGCAACUUUUAUUUUGUAACUAUUUAAUGCUAGAUUUCUUACAGAGCUGGGGGAAGUGAUUUAAUUUUGUAGUAAUAAUAGUCCACUGCUAGUUUUAUUAAAAGUUAAUGUUUUACAUAGGAGUCAUGUGUCUAUGUUUAUGUGUAGCGAAAGUAGGACCAUAUUGUAUCCUCUAUAGAUAUUGUACUGAAUCAUCAUAUUGAGGAAAUCCACUUCUAAAAAUAUGUACAAUAUUAAAAUGCUCUAGGCAGCAUAUGUGGGUAUAAAGUUACCUAUUUGUGUAUAGUGAACGGUAAUUUUGAACAGUGUAUUAUUGCCUGAUUUGCAGACAGUUGUUGAGGGCAGCAUGAAAUUCACCAGAACAAGAGUAUAAUCUUAUUCUCUCCAAAUUUCUCACGCUCAUUUUGUCACAGUCCAUUGUCAAUUUAACAUUCUCAUCUCCCUUUUAAACAUUUUCUUUAUUUAUUGAAAAGUACAAAUCAAACAUACUACUGAACAGCCACCAUUCCAAGGGGCCAGAGUUUACAACUGUUUGUGCCAGUCAGUGGAGCUUGGGCCUCAAGUCAAGUUCUGUGAUACUUUUGAUCAGCCCCUUGGACAUUUUCCUUUCCAUUGAAUUGAAUGAAUGUCGCUGUCCUUCCAGCAGACAUGAGCUUUGGGAUUCAACGGGUGUUUACGUUGCAUGAAUCACUUCUAAUGAAAACAACCAUUUUCUGUAUAUUACAUGUGGAACUGUGCGAUUUGAGUGGGAGAGGGGACAUGUAUACUACUGAUUCUCGGAUUGUCUGUUUUCACAAGUCCACACCACUCAAACAUUUUUGGUUUAUUUUUUAUCUUUGCUCAAAAAUGGAAGGUGACAAUGUUUUCAGAACUGUUGAACGCUUCCUUUUGUGCUUGUUGGGGCUGCUCUCACUUUUCUACCAAUUGAAAGGCAAAUUGUAGUGAAGUUGAUGCUUGCUCGUGAACAAAAUAAAGGAUGAGAGAGUACAAA